GAUGGAGACAAAUAAAAACGAGGAGAAACUAUUGGAGCACAAUAAGGAAGAUGCAGCCGAAGAUAAAUUUCGCUUAUAUGCAACCAUUGCAUUUAUGACAGUGGUUAUUAUAAUUGGUGUACCUAUGUGGUGGAAAACUACUGAAGUCUAUAGAGUUGGACUCCCCUCAUCCGAUAUAAUGGAGUUAAGUGAUAAACCGCUCAAAAUUAAAAUCAAAAUUGGUAUUUUCAAUGUAAAGAAUGAAAGAGCGACACUGCUGAUAAAUGAACUGAAGGAGGAAUAUGGUAAAAGUGACAUAUGGUCUUUGGAGUUUGUACACAAAAACAACUUUGAGAAAGCCAAUACAGCGAAGACACCUGCUGCCUUGGAAGCUUUGAUACUAAAAGAGGUUAAAUUGCGCGAAGGUGAUUUUGCUUUUAUUGAAUGGCCAAAACUGCAAGAGGAAGUAUUGAUUACCAAUGAGAGGACAGCAUUAAUACGCAGUGAUGCCAGUUCCAAAAAAUUAAUGCAGGUAUUGAAUACCUAUAUUCUACAAACCCACCGAGUAAAACAAAUAUUGGCUAAAGAACAAGUGGAUUCGUUGAAAUCAGAAGCACCUCAGGCGGAAUAUGAUGUAACAGUUUCGGUAUUGAAUCCACGGCCAGAUAUAAUGGAUGCCAAGUGGCAUGUGCAAAUGGCAGUAGAAACCUACUUGAAACCCUAUUUGGAUCAAGUUUCUCACAUAUCCAAUUAUACCCUGACCACACAAUGGAAAUAUCAACUGCCGUUCGAAGCUGAUUUAAGACAAGUUCGUGAUAACACCAUAUUGAAUCGCCAUUAUGCCUUGUCUGAGUCAUCAUUGCCACACAUUAUUACAGCCAUUGAAAAGAAUUUGGGUUCAGGAAUUACCGAUAAAACUCCUUUGAAUUUGGUGGUUUAUAUUACACCAUGUGACAUUGCUCCUGUUUAUAUUUAUAAUAUGAAAAAUCAAAGAGUUUCUAAAGAUAAUAUAAACGGAUUUAUAUCACCCAAAUGGGGUGGCAUAAUUAUUGCCAAUCCUUCCGUUGAAAUAUGUCGUGCAUAUAAUGAUAAUCCUGCACAAAAAGUGGAAUUUUUUGUUCAAACCAAUGAUGUUAUGCAAAUAAUGUUACAUCAAUUACAAAAGUUGUUGGAUAUUAGCGUGGAGGUAACCACAGAAGGUGUUAAAACUGUUGCUGUUGAACAGCUAGCACCCCGCCUAUGGGAAUAUGAAUCGUAUUUAAGACGCAGUGCCAUAACCCAUAUUACAACCACCACCAACACCUUGCAAAGUUUAAUCAAAUUAUUGGAUAACAUCAGCUAUAUUGUAAUUAAUGAUGAUGUUGGUAAAGCCAUUAACUCUGCCUAUGAAUUGAUAAUCAAAUCGAAAGAAGCAUUGGCCAAUCAUGAAUUAAUGAAAGCCUCGGAAUUAGCUCAAAAGGCAUUUAUUGCUUCGGAACAGGCAUUCUUUGAUGCCAGUCUUUUGGCUCAGUUGUAUUUCCCGGAUGAACAAAAAUAUGCCAUUUAUAUCCCAUUGUUUUUACCCAUAAUGGUACCAGUGGUAACUUCAUUUAGCAUGAUGAUAAAGCUGUUGAAGAAGCAACGAGAAACCAAAGCUAAAUUGAAAACAACAUAA